AUGGAGUCACAAAGAUUGAAUUAUAUUCGAAAGCAUAAGAAAAAGCUGCGUGUUUCUAAAUAUUGCAAUUUGAGCUCAUCUGAACAGAAUGCAAACACUCAAGGAUCAAACAAAGGUAAAAGAGUGGUUUUACCUUCAACUUAUGUUGGAAGUCGGAGGUUUAUGGAACAACUCUAUUUUGAUGGAAUGGAAAUUUGUAGCCAAGUUGGAUUUCCAAAUCUUUUUAUCACAUUUACUUGCAAUCCCAACUGGCCUGAAAUCCAAAGAUAUGUAGUUCCUUACAAUCCAUAUUUGUUGAAGAAAUUACAAGCACACAUCAAUAUGGAGUGGUGUAAUCAAAGUACUUCAGUUAAAUACUUAUUUAAGUAUAUUAACAAGGGGUAUGAUAGAAUUAUUGCUGUUGUUGUCCAAACUGACGCUGAUGGAUCUCCUUCGGUCAUAAUUAUUGACGAAAUCAAGCAAUAUCUUGAUUGCAGGUAUGUCUCACCAAGUGAGGCAUGUUGGAGACUUUUUUCAUUUCCUAUUCAUGGUAGAUCAUCCGCAGUUGAAAGGUUGUUCUUCCAUUUUGAAGGAGACAACUCUGUUUAUUAUACCGAUUAUGAAUUGAUAGAUGAGGUGCUUGACAAACCAACUGUGAAAGAAUCUAUGUUUACCGCAUGGAUGGAAGCAAACAAAGCAUACCCAGAGGCAAAGAAUUUGACGUACUCACAAUUUCUUUCCAAAUUUUUUUAUGAUAAAAGGUACCGUCGAUGGAGACCGUGUAAAAGAGGAAAUACAAUUGGCAGACUUAUUUGGGUCCCUCCAAGUAUGGGUGAGUUAUAUUUCUUGAGAAUGAUGCUAACAAUCGUCAAAGGUCCAACUUGCUAUGAGGAUAUAAAAUUUGUGGGUGGAAAAGUUCAGGAUACUUUUAGGGAUGCAUGCUUCGAAAUGGGCUUUCUUAACGAUGAUAAGGAAUAUGUUGCAGCCAUCGACGAAGCAAAGAAUUGGGGUUCCGGGCAUUUUUUGCGAAAGUUAUUUGUCACUAUGUUACUAUCUGGUACUGUCAAUAGACCACGACAUGUUUGGGAAAAAACUUGGAGGACUUUAUCUGAUAGUAUCCUCUACCAACAAAUGCAAAAAACAAAUAGAAGAGCUGCAACAGUGUCUUUGGUUCCAUUUAAUUUCAUGCAGCCGCAACAUCAACUGUUUGAUUUAUGUUCAAUGUAUUUCAACAUCACGACAGCAGUUGCAUCAUACAUAUAUUCCGACGUCACAAAACAUGUUGGCAAUAGGCUUAUUUAUGAUGAACUUGAUUACGAUGACGAUACCGAGAAACAGAAAUUCCAAGAACUUUUUCAUGCUCUUACAGAUGAACAACGUUCGAUAUUUGAGAAAAUCAUGGAUGCUGUCAACAAACAGAGUGGAGGGGUAUUUUUCUUGCAUGGUUACGGAGGGACUGGUAAAACUUUCAUGUGGAUAACACUAUCAAGUGCACUUCGUUCUCAAAAAAAAAUUGUUCUUACUGCUGCUUCAAGUGGGAUAGCUUCGUUAUUAUUGCCAGGUGGAAGAACAGCACACUCAAAGUUCAAAAUACCUGUGCCAAAGCUUGACAACUCAACUUGCAACAUCGACAAAGACACCGAACAUUCUCAAUUAUUUGAAGCAACAGAUGUGAUAAUAUGGGAUGAAGCACCUAUGUCUCACAAGAACUACUUCAAAGCAUUGGAUAAAACCCUUAAAGAUGUAAUGAGCAAAAAGGGUGUUGAGAAUACUAUUUUUGGUGGAAAAGUUGUUGUAUUUGGAGGAGAUUUUAGACAGAUUCUUCCUGUUGUUCCAAGAGCUGGGCAUUCUGAUAUUGUUCAUGCAUCAAUUAGUUCAUCUUAUGUAUGGGAUUAUAGUCAGGUUUUAACACUAUAA